UGAAGAAAGAAAAAACAAAGGAUGUCGACGUGCCCACAAAAGUCCACGUAUGCAUAAAAACCAUAGCAAUAAUAAGAAGAUCGACCCAUCACUUGCUCCAUUUUCACAAGUCUCUCAAGUGGACUGGACUCUCUCAACUCACAUCUCUCUCUCAAUUCGAUAAAUAUAUAUAUAAAAUCCCAAAUUUGAGAGAAGAAGAAGACACCAAAAAACCAAAACUCAAAGUCUGACAUUAAAACCCAAAAUCCAAGAAGAAGAGUGUGUGUGAGAGAGAGAGAGCUCUUCUUCUUCUUCUUCACGCUCGCUCGUUCACACGGGUUUGGCUUUGGCGUUGUAAACAAUGCUUCUCCCUCUCUUCUUGUUUCUCCUCUUCCAUCUCCAUCUUUCUUCUUCUUCUUCUUCUUCAAUCUCUUUCCCUGAUUUUCAAAUCAUCGACGUUUUACAACCUCCUCUCUCCGUCACCGGAACUCUUCUCAACGACACCCAUUUCUCCGACGACUCCAAUUCCAAACACACCCUUCGCCUCCUCCACCGCGACAGAUUCCCUUCCGUCUCUUACCGUAACCACCACCACCGUCUCCAUGCUCGUAUGCGCAGAGACACUGACAGAGUCGCCGCCCUUCUCCGCCGCAUUUCUGGCAAAACCGUCUCUUCCUCCUCCGACGCUAGGUACGAGGUCGACGAUUUCGGGUCCGAUGUGGUUUCCGGUAUGGAUCAAGGGAGCGGCGAGUACUUCGUCAGAAUCGGCGUCGGAAGCCCGCCGAGAGAUCAGUACAUGGUCAUUGACUCCGGUAGUGAUAUGGUUUGGGUUCAGUGUCAGCCUUGCAAGCUCUGUUACAAACAAUCCGACCCGGUUUUUGACCCGGCUAAAUCCGGGUCAUAUACAGGAGUCUCUUGCGGCUCUUCCGUCUGUGACCGCGUCGGAAACUCCGGCUGUCACUCCGACGGGUGCCGUUACGAGGUCAUGUACGGAGACGGGUCUUACACGAAAGGGACAUUGGCUCUCGAAACGCUGACGUUUGCUAAGACGGUGGUUAGGAACGUUGCCAUGGGAUGUGGCCACCGGAACAGAGGAAUGUUUAUCGGAGCUGCUGGGCUAUUGGGUAUUGGAGGCGGUUCAAUGUCGUUUGUGGGUCAAUUAACCGGUCAAACCGGUGGUGCGUUCGGUUAUUGUUUAGUGAGCCGAGGCACCGACUCAACCGGUUCAUUGGUAUUCGGGCGAGAGGCUUUACCCGUUGGAGCCUCGUGGGUACCGCUGAUCCGUAACCCGCAGGCUCCGAGUUUCUACUACGUUGGGCUCAAGGGCCUCGGGGUAGGAGGCGUGCGGGUUCCUCUACCGGAUGGUGUUUUCGACCUGACUGAAACGGGUGACGGUGGUGUGGUGAUGGACACGGGAACAGCCGUCACAAGGCUUCCCACGGUGGCUUACGCUGCGUUCCGAGAUGUGUUCAAGUCGCAGACCGCGAAUUUGCCGCGGGCUUCGGGCGUAUCGAUAUUCGACACGUGUUAUGACUUGUCCGGGUUUGUCUCGGUACGAGUCCCGACGGUGUCGCUUUAUUUUACGGAAGGUCCGGUUUUGACGUUACCGGCUAGGAAUUUUCUGAUGCCGGUGGACGAUACGGGGACAUACUGUUUUGCGUUUGCGGCGUCUCCGACGGGUUUGUCAAUAAUAGGGAACAUACAACAAGAAGGGAUUCAAGUAUCUUUCGACGGAGCCAAUGGCUUUGUUGGUUUUGGCCCCAACGUUUGCUAGCGGUUAAAUUUAGAGAAAUUACUAUUUUUGUUUGCUAGUAAAGUAAAAACUAAAAAGCUUUUGUCACAAAACUAUAUAUGUAUUUGUUGUUGUUUUUUCCUUCGUAUUAGUUUGGUUUGAGUUUUAGUAAUAAAUCUGUUUAGUAUAGAGAUUACAAAAAAAAAUGUAUAUGUUUUGACCAAAUUUGUCUUUUGAUUUGUGAUUGGUUUGGAAUCUCUAUUAUGUUGGGUUACUGUUUGAUAUGAAUGGAGUGAAACAACUUUUAGAGCA